AUGAAACGGCCGAAAGGCGUGAAGUUGCCAUUCAUUUUCCUAUGGGUAUCAAUAUUGUGUACUCAGUAUGCUUUGGCUGGGUGGUUUGAGUGGGGUCAGGGUAGGACUGCUGUUUCGAGCGAGACAAAAACUCUAGUUGUUGACACCGUCCACCCUGAAGUCCACACUGCCAAACCUAUUGUCUUUAGAAAGCAAAAACCCGGCCGAGAUGCGACCAACACAAUCACAACAAGUGUGAAUGGAGCAAAAGAGACGCCUUAUCAGUCAUACAGUAGCUUGCGCGGCGUACAAGGAAUAUCCCAUUCUUCGUCAUCGAAGACUGGUGUUUCACUGCUCUUAAAUGAGAGGAGCACCGAUAUGCUUGAACUGAUGGAUGUAUUAAUUGCUACAGACUUAGACGGAGGUAUUCAUGCCUUGAAUAGAAAUACGGGAAAAAUUAUAUGGUCUACCACAAAUGCCACUCAUCCUGUGAUAUCGGUAUUGGAACCCCCAGGUGUGAAAAAUGAAACACUAAUCGUGGAGCCAUAUGGUGAUGGUAACAUUUAUUAUUACAAUAUUUUCCAGGGCCUUCAAAAGCUUCCUAUUUCCAUCAAGCACCUCGUUGAUGUCUCCCCACUGGAUUUAAAAACAAAAAUUGUCGUUGAUGAGGAAGGUACCUUAGUAGAUGACGAAAAAAUUUACGCUGGUGCGCGCCAAUCUGCGGUUUAUAGCUUCGACUUGAAGACAGGACAAAAGAUAUCUGAAUAUGGACCCGGUACAAACAAUAAAAUAUAUGACGAGUCCAAGAGCUCUUGCACCAGUGACUAUCUGAAUAAUUCAGAUUGCGAUGAUGUUUUUGUUAUUGGAAUAUCAACUUAUCAAUUGAGCAUCUAUAAUAGACAAGGCAUGGUUUACAAUGUGACCUAUGGAGCGUGGCAACAUAAUGCAGCAGACACUAAACUCGCUUCCGAAUACAAACGCCCAUCAGAUGGAAUUUCAAUUGCUCCUUUCGAUGAAAAAUCAUUGUUAGCUGUUGAAUCGGAUCUCAAUUACGCGAAAUGGAUCUCACCACCAUUACCCAAUACAAUCAACAACAUAUUUGAUUUAUUCGUGGACAAGAUAACGAAUGAAAAGAUUAUUUUACCACAUCCCCUGGGCCAUCAUUCAAGGCAUCGCGGAGGAAACAAAGUUUUGUUGGGACUGUCAUCUCAAAAUUGUCUCUUUGCGAUGUCCGACGUAUUUUAUCCAUCUUUGGUGGAUUCUUCAUCACCUUCAGUUCAUCUCAAAGGCAAUCCUAAGGAAAGGAUAUCGUCAUCCUCUCCCGAUUUCGUUCCAGACUCGAUCCUGGGUGUCCAUGAGCUUUCGAGCCUUCAAUUUGAGGAAAUAAUCAAAGACCAACCAUCAUCUGCCCAGAAAUCUCUCCCGGGCAAUUCAAUGUUCCUGCUAGAUGGGCCAAAAAGGUCACCCAAAGACGUAAAAGGUCUCAUUACCGAAGAACGGCCUCCAAACUCCCUUGAAAGAUACAUAUCCAGGGAAGAGCUUCUGUCUUUGAGAUUAGAGGCCCAGGAAAAAUUAGCGGAAGAGCUACUUCACAACCACCAAAAAUCAUUCACCUACAGAAUUGCCAAUUUUAUCUACAGGGUAGUGGAAGGGGGACUAAUGCUGGUAUUUUCUUUUUUUGUCCUAGGGCUAAUGGCCAAAUUUAAGAUGGUAGCGCCUUUACACCAUUUUCUGGAGCGCAGUGGAUUUUUGAAAGGUGCAGACUUGAAGGAAAGUAAAAUAAAAAUUGGCGAGGGCUCCGGCUCAGGUUCUCGAGAACCUUCUACUCUAGAAGAUUCACCUGGUAAGCAUGUGAAGGUCAUUGAGGCUACCGAAGAUGUCGACUUCCUUCAUAAGGAGAACUCUUCAGAUACAAAGAAACGUAAGAGGGGAUCCCGAGGUGGUAGAAAACAAAAGAAGCAAACCAGUACAGAUGCAGUAGAAGAAUUAGGAAGGGCAGAAGACUUCGAAAGUCAAACCAAUUUGAAGCAUUUAACCGUAUCGAACAAAAUCCUUGGGUACGGAUCUUCUGGAACAAUUGUUUUUCAAGGGACAUUUCAACACAGACCGGUAGCUGUCAAAAGGAUGCUUAUCGAUUUUUUUGAUAUUGGGACGCAAGAGAUUAAGUUACUUACAGAAAGUGAUCAUCAUCCCAAUGUUGUACGAUAUUACUGUUCGGAGUCUUCCGGCAGAUUUCUCUAUAUUGCGCUAGAGCUUUGCAUGUCCACUUUAGAAGAUGUGGUGGAAGGAAGAGAGAUCAACUCAAAGGUUCUUGAGGCCCGUAAGUCGCUAGAUCCGCUCAAUGUUUUGUCACAAAUUGCUCAAGGUGUUGCACAUUUGCACUCAAUGAAUAUAGUUCACAGAGACUUGAAACCUCAAAAUAUUUUGGUUGCCCCAACGCGAAAAUAUUUGCAACAUCUGGAUCACAAAUUGUCUUCAAUGCGCGUGCUGAUAUCAGAUUUUGGGUUGUGCAAGCGAUUGGAAACGGAUCAAUCAUCGUUCCACACUAAGAACGGUAAUGCUUCCGGAACAAGUGGAUGGAAAGCACCUGAGCUUUUAGAUGGACGUGGUGGGCAGGACAGCGAGUUUUAUUCGAAGGAUCAAGAUCUUUCCAUCUGUGAUCCCCUGGAUGGCAAGCGUUUGACGACAGCUAUUGACGUGUUCUCAAUGGGAUGUAUAUUUUAUUAUGUGCUCUCCAAGGGCGGGCAUCCUUUUGGGGAUAAAUAUUCUCGAGAUGCAAGUAUUUUGAAGGGACAGUAUUCGAUUGAUGGGAUAAAAAAAACUCUCAAAGAUAGAUUUGCGAUAGUUGAAGCUAAUGAUCUAUUGACACAAAUGCUGUCAACCAAGGCGAGUAGGAGGCCGCCGGCGGCUGAGGUCCUGAAACAUCCCCUCUUCUGGCCGCUUUCCAAAAAGCUGGAAUUUCUUCUCAAGGUGAGUGACCGUUUUGAAAUUGAGAGGCGGGUACCUCCAAGUGACCUUUUGCUCGAACUUGAGGCAGUUUCUGAACGUGUAAUACCCAAUCGUGAUUGGGCAAGCAAGUUUGAUCCUGUUUUCAUGGAAAACCUAGGAAAAUACAGAAAAUACAACGGGGAUAAACUAAUGGAUCUACUGAGGGCUUUUCGUAACAAAUACCACCACUUUAUGGAUCUGCCACCAGAGCUUGCUGAGGUCAUGAGCCCCAUACCGGACGGUUUCUAUCUCUACUUUGCUAGGAGGUUUCCUCGCUUACUGAUAGAAAUAUACUUUGUUGUACAGGAGCAUUUGAGGGACGACCAGAUCCUAGGCAUUUACUUUUAA